UCCAGACACGCCACAUGGAGAUAGUCGGAGCAGAGGGACGUUUAACAGAGCAUCAUACUACUUUUUGAGCUACACGCAAGAGGAAGGACUAGUACACAGAAGAUCGAUUUAUACAUUUAAUGGAUUCCGGUUGCUUCACCGCGGCACAGCGUAUUGCGUGCCACAACAUGAAUGCGGAUCUAUUCAAGCCUGUCCCGGAGCGCGGACACCACCACCAGUCCUCUGCCUCGACAAAGAACAGCAGGAAUAAACCCGAGCAAAGCAAACCUGAGCUGGCUCAGGUGGUGACGGAUCCCAAGACGGGAAGGUCCUACAGUAAAGGGAAGCUUCUGGGCAAGGGUGGCUUUGCACGAUGCUAUGAGAUGACAGACCUUUCCAACAACAAAAUGUAUGCUGUGAAGGUGAUUCCACAGAGCCGAGUCUCCAAACCACACCAGAAGGAAAAGAUUACAAAUGAGAUCGACCUGCACAGAUCCCUGUCACACAAGCAUGUGGUGAAAUUCUCCCACUAUUUCGAGGACCAUGAAAACAUCUACAUAUUCCUGGAGCUCUGCAGUCGGAAGUCCCUGGCGCACAUUUGGAAGGAGAGACGUACUCUGACAGAGCCAGAGGUGCGAUAUUACCUCAGACAAAUCAUUUCUAGCCUCAAGUACCUCCACAGCCGGGGGAUCCUGCACAGAGAUCUCAAACUAGGUAACUUCUUCAUCAAUGAGAACAUGGAGUUGCGGCUGGGAGAUUUCGGCCUUGCUUCUAAGUUGGAGACAGUUGAACAGAGGAAAAAAACUAUCUGUGGAACUCCCAACUACUUGGCCCCCGAGGUGCUCAACAGACAGGGUCAUGGCACAGAGUCAGACGUUUGGUCGCUCGGAUGUGUCAUGUACACUCUGAUGUGUGGCAACCCUCCCUUUGAGACGCUCGACUUGAAAGAGACGUACAAGUGUAUAAAGGAUGUUCGGUACACCCUUCCCUCCACAAUCUCCCCCGCUGCACAGAAACUCAUCUCGGGCAUCUUGCAGAAAAACCCCAGCGACAGACUGACACUAGAUCAAAUUCUCAACCAUGAAUUCUUGACCAAGGGUUUCACCCCUGACAAACUUCCUCCCAGCAGCUGUGUGAAGGUACCAGAGUUCCAUCCUCCAAGCCCUGCCAAGAAAUUCUUCACUAAAAUGGCCAAGAGCUUCUUUGGCAAGAAAAAGGCAAAAGCAGAGAAGAUUCCAUGCGAGGAAAAAGACGACAAGGACCUUUCCAAGCUGGUGUCGGACAUCGUUAAAUGUUCCCUCAACCGGCAGAUAAGCUACAAAACAGUGGGAGCCAAUGAGGGGCCUUCUCCUGCUGAUCAGCUGGUCAGCCCUGUGCCUCUGGAACAUACUCCUGCUGAAGAGGAAUCAAGGAAGUCCAUCUCGCGCUCCUUCAAGGGCACCAUGGCCAGCAGCACUGAACCAUGUGAGGAUGUCCUGACUCCUGCAGCUGUUGCUGAAGCUGCCAUGAAGGUGCUCAACAACUGCCUGGCCACCAUGCCUGCAGCUACCAGAAACCCACCCUGUUUGUCCAGGCCUCAGUCCUUCCUGUGGGUGACAAAAUGGGUCGACUACUCCAACAAAUAUGGUUUUGGCUACCAGCUUUCGAACCAAAGCAUUGGUGUGCUCUUCAAUGAGGGAACACAUCUCAGCCUUUGUGAUCAACGCAAGACGGUUCACUACUGUUUGACCAACAACAAACACUUCACGUUCCCAACCCAGUCGCUGCCUGAGCAGCUUCGCAGCCAGAAACAGAUUGUUGAACUCAUGGCCAACUACAUGGAGCACAACCUGAUGGAGGGUGGAGAUCUUCCUUGUGAGGAGCAGAGCUCUGGACCCCCUCCUCUGCUGCUUCAGUGGGUGAAGACCGACCAUGCCCUUGUCAUGCUUUUCAACAACGGCACCCUGCAGGUGAACUUCUACACUGACCAUACAAAGAUCAUCCUGUGCAAGUCGUCCGACGCCUACCUACUCACCUACAUCAGCCGGGAGCGUGUUUCGUACACGUACCUCCUCAGCAUGCUAAAUGAGAUGGGCUGCACCACUGAUCUAUGUCACCGACUCAGAUAUGUGGUCCAGUUGCUCCAGCACCACACUGAUGCCUGAGAGCACAGCUUCUGAGUUGCAGAUACUUCAGGAGCAGCCAGACCAGUUACUGACUUUUUUUCUUUCCUUACUUGGCCUUUGCCAUUUUUGUUUACUUAAGGCAGUGCAGAGGGCAGGUGAAGCCUGUUUUAACUGAUGAAAAGCUGCUCAACUUGACCGAGUGACGAUCUCCUCUGGACUGUUGUUACCAGGGUGAUUGGUUCUAAUGACCUUGACAUUGAGCAAUUGUGAAGUUACCCAAAGAAGCGUCUGCCUGAAGGGUUUGUGCCUACCAGUUUUUGCCUCAAACGGUAUCCACCUGGAAGGUUUUGAUACCUGAAAGAGAUUAGUACCUUGCCUGAAACGAUGGAGAGAACACAUUUACUCACAACCAUUGCUUUUUUUUCCUCGACCUUUGAACACCAAUGACCCUGCAGGUUUUCAGCUGACGACUGACUGUGCAAGCACGGUAUUUCAAAGGUUUCUAAACACUAAAACAAAAAACUGUUCAAAUAGCUCGCAAUUGAAAAGGGUUGAUCUUGUGGUUGAAAUGAAGUGAGGCUCGCUUUUUCCAAAAAACUGUUUCAGCAGCAAGUUUUUCCUUCCUGUAGACUGCAACUGUGAUAUUUUUAAGCUGAGUUGCUUUCAAAUUUAAGAAUAGUUUGACUUGAGAGAGAGAACCUCCUACCCUCAGUCGGUUUCUGGCCUUGAUGGAACAUGGCGCACUCUGUUUUUUUUUUUGUUUUUCUUUUUUUUGUUUCUCUGAAAAUGAGCCAACAGAUCACUUGAGAUCUGAGCCUCACACGCACAAUAUUUCCAGGCUCAUUUAAUGAAGGCGAUACUAAGUCAUUGCUUCUUUUGCUGCAAUGUCACUUUUUUUUUAAUUCAACGUAAAUUUCACUGAUGCGGUACACAAGAUCCUACAGGGAUGAACACUGUUUUGCACUCUAUACUUCCUUUUAAAAUUUUUGAGGACUACAUUUUUAUGCUCUCACUUGUUAAAUUUUAUUAGUUUUUAAUCAAAUAUUAAAAGUUUCGGUUUUAAAAAUGAUUGCAUUUUUUUAGUUCACUCGCAGUAGGUGAAUGUGUGUCCAAUACACAAGUGCCAGGAAACGACGCAGCAGUUGUUUGGGACCUGAGGGUGCGGAGGUUUGGAUAAAAGUGCCUUUCUGAGGGAUGUCUGUAUAGUGCAAUAACAACCCUUUGAUGAAUGUCUAGCUGGCUAUGAGCAAGAUUUCAGAUGGGUUUUUAAAGGUGGAGUUUACUUUUGCUCUUCGAGCCAAGUUUAAAAGUAAACCAACAGCACCACAUUCUCACUACCUGGUAUAAGCUUUUAGAACAACUGUUAGAAGUAUAUAGCCCAAUUAUACCCACUAUGGAAAAAAGAAUACAUUGUACUCUGUUGUACUGUACUGUAAUCCUUCCGGUUUACAUUGCUUUCUUGAUCCAGAGUUGUAUCCUUAAAACUGUGACCUGGAAUGCAAGUGUUGCUUACAUGUGUUCCCCAAAAACGCCCAGUGUCGUGAAAGCCAUCUACCAGUUCAGAAGAGUCUUUAUUUUUUUUUGGCACAUAAUGUCUAUAUUUAUUUUUUUAUUUAUACAUGUUCUUUUUUUAUUUAUUGUGUAAAUGUGGUCUUGACAUGAGAAAAUGUUCAAUUCUGAUCACCUGUUUUUUUUUUUUUUGUAUUUGUUUCGGGGGGGGGAAAUGGGAUAAAAAUAAAGUUUAUUGAAAAUUAAA